GUGAGCAGUGUGGGCUGUUUCGAUGAUUUUAUGUACGCUACGUUAUUAUAAUAGCCGUAAAGUUAUUGAAGAGUAAAAACAAUUUCAUGCUUGAAAAACUUGCGUUGAUUUGGGUAGGUUUGUUAUAGUUUUUAUAUGGUUUAGGAAAAUAAAAUGUAGAAAUACAUUUUGAGAAUAUCUGCAUUCGACAAGAACUAUGAUUGCUUUUAAAGAUGAUGGUAGAAAGGAUUCUAUAAUAAUUUUGAAAUGUACGUAAGUCCGUUCGCAGUAAUAUCUAUAAUGGCAUUACAUUUUUCACAUUCUUCAAAAUGGCCGGACCCAUUUAAAGAUGAGGUUGCGUAUGUAGAUAAUCCGAUUGAAUCGGGGUUUCCAGGACACUGGUUGCCCCUAAGUAUUAUAAAGAAGAUUAUGGAAAUGCGAGUCCUGACGCUGGCGCCUGAAGCUGUCACAAAUACACUGAAAAAAAAAAAGCUUAAAUUACAUGCGCCGACCAAAAGGGUAAAAGGUAGAAAAAUAAGCAAAAACAUCUCGACAAAAGCAACUCAGAAUAAGCAAACUACUAUAUCUCUAUUAAUAAGUUCCCAUGUAAAAAGUAAGGAUACUGAUGAGGCCUUAACUACCGAUAAUAGUGUGUCGGCAUCAGAGACGCCAGUUACUACACCACUCUUAACUUCCCAUGAAGCUAAACAAGCAGUUUUGUCUACGUCUAUUCCCACUUCUGUUACUGAAGAUGUCCUAACUGACCUUACAGACCUUACUUCCCAACCGUCAUCAAUAACUGAAGGCACAUCCCAUAUAACACAAACACCAACACCUGUGCCUAUUGAGGCAUCAACACUAACCGUAACAAAAACACCUUUGUCGACAAGUACAAAAACAACGACAAAACUACAAACUAUUAUAGAAACCAGUGCACCAACAACUCAACCAUUAACUACGACCACAACUAGUUCAACAACAACAAAACCACCACCAACAACAACAACAAAACCACCGACAACAACGACAACAACAACAACAACGAUACCUAAAACAGUAACCACCACAUCAACAACUACGACAACGUCUACAACAACGACACCUACAACGGUAACUACCAUGUCAACAACUACUACAACGACAACUGAGACUGGAGAUCCAUUUUACUAGAUAGUAUUUAUUUAAAAUUUUCUUAAUAAAAUCUUA